AUGAGCGAGAAUCCGAAGACCAAGAGUAUAGAGAGUGUACUUAGCAAGCGACCUGAAUUUACAAAUGACACACCCUUAGACAGGUUUUUUGAGAGCCUGGGCGAAUACUUCUCACGGAUCAAAGACGAUUCAGGUUCACCCCUGUAUGAAGAACUGGGGUGCGCAAGUAACGCUGAAUUCGUUGCGUUCCUUCUGGGCCAGCUGGAGGUUCUGAAGUCAAUACUGAAGGAGAAUAGCAGUGGGAAGGCCACUAACACCCUAGUGCCAAUAUCACUUCAUGAUAUGAAGUAUUUUGACCUUUUGGUGAACUUGAUUGUAGUUCACGGAAUCUGCGCCAACUUGCCCCCUGGAAUCGGAAUACCUUUGGAUCAAAGAAGGAUUGAAAACUUCCGUCAAGUUGAUAAACGUUUUGAAAUUCAUUCACGUCAUACUGUGAGCUUUGAUACAUUAGCCCGUGUUAGCGAUGUUCUUUACGGCGUCUUAACGUUUGCGCCCUUGAAGGAAAACACGAUAGGAAGUCUGCUUCUAAAGGGUACUGGCUUUGCGGAUUUAAUAACAGCUCUCAUUGUCUUGUACCAUGAAGUUCAAAGUUCUCGAAACAAGGUAUCGAGUAUGUUUGAGCGAAUCGAAAAUCUUCAAGAGACAUACCAGUUGUUCUCUGUUUACACUUUACUUGUGCACACGACUUCCAAGGCCGAGUACCGCCAAUUUGUAUUGACAAAGCUGUCCACCCUUCCCAUAAGAAGACAAAAUGGUGUCAUCAGCCUUGUUGACUUUGUGGUCGGAGUAAGAGAGGAUGAGGAAAUCGACGUUACGAAGUUCAAACGAGUUGCUGAGAUUCUUGUUUCCAAGCCAAAGAACAUGACUAGUGUCACAUAUUUUACGGAACUCUUCUCUCAAAUUUAUGAAGGCCUUGCGUUAAUAAAUAAGCCCAUCCUUGUGAGCUGCCUGAACAAUGUGGUGACUGAGUUCUACUUCAAAAACAAGAGGAUCGUCUAUGACUUUCUUUUCAAGAAGAUUGCAGCAGUGCUCUACAACACAUCUUUGCAAGAAUUUUCGACUAAAACGUUGAAUGAUACCAUGAACGUUCUCAUAUCUCUGUCAAAAAACCCAAGUAUUGAGGUUACUCAAGAGCUUUCUACAUAUGGCGGUGAGAAGUUUUACUUGACUUUAUGGAUAUACUGCCUAUUUUUGAAGAAACAUCAAAAACUACAACCUAAUGAUGGUUCUCAACAGCCAAGUGUAGCCUACUACAACGUUGUCCUUGGGAUGCUUAAGACUUACAUUAUUAUCAACUCAGAUUAUCAGGCGCUUGAUGAUAUAGUGCUUAAUCUGGUAAACUUUGACCAUGAGACCUGGGGGUACAGCAUCGAUCUAGAAACUCAGUUGCCUUAUGUGCGCCUUAUAGGCGAGAAAAACAUUGGAGAUGAGUUGACAAGUAUCGGAUCGGUCAACACGGAUCAAAAGAUUAAAAGAGUUCAAGAAGUUUUCUUAGACAUAGAUUGUGCAGUGCUUCUUUUCGUUGAGUUGCUUAAACUCCUCAAUGAGCCUGAAGUUGUAAAGGAAAUAUUUUUGUCGGUGAUGAACCGCUGGGUUGUAAGCACUAAUAAGGCUAAUAAAGAUAACUCCCAGCUUCCUGGCGACGUUCAAAACAGUUUACUUAUAUUGGUUGACCUGAAGCUACUUGAGAAAAUGGAUGAGUCCUUCAAAAGCGACAUAAUCAAAAAGCCUCGCGAUGUGCUUAAACUUAUCAACGACUUGCUGGAGUUCCCUUCCCCAGACGAAGAGGAGCGAGAUGAUCAACCCGACUCUGAUGAUGAAGAUGAGGAUGGCGAGGAAGAAGCUGACGAGGAAGAGGCUUUUCAAAUUGAGCAAGCGCCGUCCCCUAACACUUACGUAACUCUCCUGAAGCUUCUUUCCGCUAUUAUUGACACUACACCGCGGAAAGAGCUUCACAAGUCCAGCGAUAUUCUUGAAUCCAUUUCCAAGACAUUGCAUGGUCAUGGCGACGACGCACAAGCACAGUCAAUAAUGGGACGAAUCCGUGACCUUCAGGAAAAUAAUGCGGGUGCUGGUCAGCCACUUGGAGACUUCAGCGAGCUGGAUGCAGACAACGAGUUUUUGCAAAAGGCCAUGGCGAAUGUCAACGAUGCAUUGGUUCCUGUGCGUGCUCACGGGCUAUACGAGUUACGGCAACUUAUUGAACGCAGGUCUCCGGUGAUAGACUUAAAUUAUGUUCUCGAGGUGCAUGCUCGCCAAUUGCGCGAUAAAGAGCCAUUUGUGUACCUCAAUGCCAUAAAAGGGCUUACAUCCCUUUGUGAGAUUGAACCUGAGAGGACUUUGAAUUACCUUUUGAAUCUUUUCCGCAAUCGCGGUUCGAAGAAUUCAUUGGACAACACCCUGAAAGUUGGUGAGGUUCUGCUCAACUACAUUACCCUUCAAAAUGAACUUUUUGGUGGCGAGUCCGCGGGCACUCUCGUUGCAAUAUGUCUCGAAAAAAUCCAGCAACAUGAAAACCUCGAUAAUCGCCUUCGGAUGUCGGCCAUGUCGAUAUUGGGUAUCUGUCUUCAAACUAAUCCACGGGGCGUGCGCGCGCAAAUACCGGAUAUUUUGGAUUGUGCCUUCAACAUCUUGAAGCUAGAAAACGGGACUCAGAGCAGCUCUUCGAACCUCGUUCGCCGAAGCGCCAUUCACUUAUUGCAUUCACUUGUCUCAAGCUCUGACCUCACUCUAUUUCCUUCCCAGUACGGUGGAUCGCGCCUGGUUAGCCUCUUAAACUACGUGAAAGAGAAAGAUGAUGAUUACUUAGUAUGUGAACAAGCAAGUGCUCUCCUUACAGUUGUUAAAGUUUUACAAGUCUCCUGA